AUGAGCUGGCAGCGCACCGCCGCCUUGCUCUUCGGAGAGUACGUCUGCCUCGCCAUCCUCGCGGUGCCCUCAUCGUUUGCCGUGCUCGGCAUGGCGGGCGGCAUCCUAACUGUGCUCGGCAUCGGGCUCGUGACACUGUAUACGUCGCUGACCCUGUGGCAGUACUGCCUUAAGUACCCGGAGCAGCUGAACAUUGCCGAGAUCGGCGGGCGGAUCUUCUCGCGCACCCCCGGGGGCUUCUCGCGCACGGCGUUCGAGCUGACGGCGAUCAUCCUGCUGCUUAACAACAUCUUCCUCAUGGGCCUGCACACGCUGACCGGAGCCGAGAUCAUCAACACGCUUGUCACUAGUCCUGGCAGCGGCUGGUGCAGCGUCGCGCUCAGCGUGAUCGUCAUGGUCCUCUGCGCCGUCGCGACCCUGCCGCGCCAGUUGAAUCAGGUUGCCGUCAUGGGCAUCGCCAGCGCCGCCAGCAUGGCCAUCUCCAUCCUCCUCGUCCUCAUCUUCACUGGCAUCCAGGGCCGGCAUCCGGCCGGGGUUGACGCCAGCUCCAGCGCGCCGGUCCUCCUCACCGUCUGGGCACCCGAGGGCAUAACGUUCGUUGAGGGAUUCAACGCGGCGCUGUCCAUCACCUUUCUCUGGAUCGGCCAGAUCACCUACCCGACGUUCAUCGCCGAGAUGCGCGACCCACGCGAGUUCCCCAAGGCACUCUACGCGCUGACCGCCGUCGAGUUCUUGCUGUUCAGCCUGGUGGGCAUCUUUGUGUACGCCUUCUGUGGCCAGUAUACUGGCGCGCCGGCCGUCAUCGUGCUUGCGCCGACGUACAAGAAGAUCGCCUUUGCCUUUGUCUUCCCGACGACGGUCAUCAUCGGCGUUAUCUACGCCAGCGUCGCGGCCAAGUACAUCUUUGCGCGCAUCUUUGCCGGCACCAAGCACUACGAUCACCACACGACACUCGGAUGGGCCGUCUGGAUCGCCGUCGUCUUUGCCAUCUGGCUGCUCGGCUGGGUUGUCGGAGAGUCCAUCCCGUUCUUUGGCAGCCUCAUCUCGCUCAUGUCGGCCUUGUUCGAUAGCUUCAUCGGCUUCAUCUUUUGGACGUUCGCCUACCUCGAAAUCAAGCGCGGUCAGCUGUGGAAAGGGCAGCCGCUGCUGCGCAAAGCAGAGACGCUGUUCAACUGCGCUCUCGUUCCCGUUGGCAUCUUUAUGCUCGGCCCGGGAACGUACACGUCCGUUCAGGCUAUCAUCGACUCGUACGCUACCGGCGCCAUCAAGGCGCCGUUCGGCUGCACGUCCAACGCCGUCUGA